AUGCCACGCGCUUCGGCCUCAUUCAAUGACUUGGUUCAGUUCCACAAAGAACUUAAAGCUAAGCAAUCCGAUCGCAAGCACAAGAAGCAUCGGCAUAGCAAUAUAAGCGAUGAAACCUCGAAAAGGUUGAGCAAAAUUCACAAGAAGCUGCAGAAGAGAGUGUCCAAAAGUGGCUAUAGAGGGAAACGCAGGGAAAACGAAAACCCGAUAAACGUUGAGCAAAGAACCCAUAUGAGUUGA